CAUAACCAUAAGAUGCUUAAUGUUUCGCAUAAAAACCUAUGAGCUACUCAAAAGUAAGGAUAUGACUUUAAAGAAAGGCAAGAAUACCAAGUGGGAAGAUGUGGACUUUAUUAAGUGCCAGUGUUUCAUCAAUAUCUUGGUAAUUGCUAUGCGCGAGUGUUCGUGUUGAUUAGCAAAGCGUUGAAUGGCUCAGACAUAAAAGUAGACUACGACAUACGUUUUCAAUAUUUGAGAAGCAUUUAGAACAUAAUCUCUUACCGCGUGCGGAUUGAUUAGAGUCACCAGAGCUGAUUUCAAGUAUUCUAUAACGAGUGUUUUCUUUUCUUAACCAAACUGGAGCUCUUCUUUGUUGUGUUAGUGCGAUCUAAAUUUUAGGAAAGUUUACACCAGUCCUGAUUGUUUAAUUGCUAGAUUUUCAAUAAUCUAUUUUAGGUUUUGCAAUGCUACUGCGAAACUUGAUGGUUAUUAUGGUAACUAAUGCAGUUUGAGUCCUGUUGUUUUUCAAAGGAAGGCAUUCUUCAUUGAGCAGCAUCACAUAAAUUUACCACUCUAGAUUGCAGGCUAUUAUCAUGAGCGCUCUCUUUUAAAAACUUCAAUCAACUUUAGUGGAGUGCUAUUGUUCAUUUAUGAAUGCAUUGAUUGAUUUGGUUAAUGUUGAACUCAGGAUGCCGGUUUUCGUAACAGAUCUCUGAGCGUCGUGAGACUUUACUAUCACGUACAGUCCAGUUUUCAGUAGCGAAACCCAAUUACAAACCCCUUAAGCUAUUUCUGUAGACACAUGCCGAACGGAUAUAAAACGAUUUUCAAAACAAAAGUCUUGAAAGAUCUUUAUGUUCAAUAUCACAGACACUGCAGUAACAAUAGCGAAUGAAGAAUAACAAUCAUUUCACAAUAGCUUCUCGAGGUUGAUUUUAGGAUAGUAUUCCAUGUAAAAGGUAUCACCAUUUUUUUCCGAAAAGCAAAUAGUCAUUCUGUGUAUGUUUUGUUUUCUCCACAACUAAUGAUGUGUACUAUUCGAAGCGAAAAGGCUGCAUUAUCUAACCCGAACGCGGCAGUUUGGGAAAAAGGAUAGUAAUUGAAUAACAUUUAUACUGUUGUAAUAUACAACUAAAGAUUUAUUAUUUAUUCCCGACUGAGAUUUCUGAAAAUAAUUUAAUGGGAAGUAUGUUUUUUAUUCAUUGAGGUUGAGAAAAUAAAUAAAAGCCUUAUUUCAGAUUCGCCUGUAGUUAUUGAUCGCGACUUACCCGAUGCUUUACUGCUUUUUUGUACCUAUAACUAAACAUUGUUUGAAACUGGAUCUUAGUAAAGUAACAUAAAGACACAUCGUUAUACUUAGUCAUAUUACUAAAUACGGUGUUAGAAUGCUCAUUCCCUGAUAGAAGAAUGGCAUUUGUAGUUGUAAACACGUCGAUACAAGCGAUUGAAAGUUCAUUUUUCUAAAUAAUAGUAGUUUAGAUGUUAAUUUUUCGAGGUUGACAUCGUGGGUCAACUAAUGACAUUGUUGAUUUGUACGGCAGAGUUGGUUCAUGACGCCCCUGAAGUUGUUGAUUUUGAUCAUUGGUGCGGAUGUUUUGCGUUUCACACUGCGCAAUAAGACAAUAAAUUACUUUUCUGCUGAAUGCGCUAAUUGCUCCACUGUAUUUCUGUGUGAGAAACACACACCUGCAGCUUUUGUUUUCAAAAUGACAAGUUAAUCAAACACUUUGUUUAAACAAAUACAUUCUCCGCUCUCUGCAGAAGAUUGUCGGCCGGAAAAUGAAAAAUAGCAGCGGGAAUCGUCGAGACAAUUUGAACUAGCUUAAACAAAAUGGAGUUCUCCUCACCAACCACUGUGUAGUAUAUUAUUGAAUAAGAUCAGACUUUUCAAACUUCACUGUGGGGUUACAAAUUCAUAUCCCAUUUAAGAUCUAUACUGAUUACACUAGCAGUUCAUUAUGUAUAAUUUGGUUAGUACAGCUAGAAAGGAAUCGAGGAAAGAGGUUCUGAAAUAACUUAAAAGUGCGAAAGAUAUCAAGAGAAUGACGAACGGCACAAGCUCAAAUGCGACAAUGACAUCUCCAACGCCCUCUGGCUGCACGAGAUUAUUCACUCCUACCGAAGAAUGGCUCCAAGUGUCUUCAUUUCUGAUCAUUAUCUUCCUCUCCAUUAUUGGAAAUGCUGUCGUUAUCAUCAUUAUUAAGAAAAAAAGGCAUAUGCACACUCCAACAAACUACUUUAUCGUGAAUUUGUGCACUGUGAAUCUGUUGAUCUUGUUGCUCAAUGCAGUUCCAGACAUCCAGGGAAGAAUUGCACCACACCUAGGAUUUGUGGUUUCUGGUUGGCCCGGAAAGAUUCUUUGCAAGCUGCAAGCGUUUCUUUCAUCUUGUACAAUAAAUUCCGCCAUCUUGACGCUCGCAAUGAUUGCUGCUGAUCGAUUUAUUGCCAUAUUUUUUCCCCUGAAAAGACUAAUUCACUCCCAAAGAGCGAUCCAGCUGAUCUCUGUGACAUGGCUUAUUCCGGCUUUACCAGGGUGCAUCUUUCUUUACGUCAAUGACCUCGUUGAUUUCGAUGGAACUGUGUACUGUAUGGAAAUAUGGGAACCGGCCAUCCCGAUGUACUAUAACACAAUUUAUACAACAGCCGAUUUCAUCAUGUUUUAUGUCUUGCCUUUGUUGGAAAUCAUCAUUCUUUACAUCGCCAUCAUCUACAGGAUAUGGAUGCGAAGGAUUCCAGGGCACGUGACUACAGCCAAUCAACAAGUCGAACUCAAAGCCAAAAAGAAUGUACUUAAGAUGCUCAUCGUAGCCGUUCUUACGUUCGCAUUAUUCUGGCUUCCUGUAAAAAUAAAUGUCAUGAUUGGGCUUUACAGCCAUUCUCCCUGUGUGUUAACUCCUAUUCGUCGAUUCCUGGCACUCUUUUUGGCCUGUGGUAACUGUGUAAUAAAUCCAAUUAUCUACAUUGUAUUUAGCCGGGACUUUAGAAACGGUUUCAAGGCUCUCUGCCACUGCCUACCCUGCUUUUCCGCUGAUGUUCCUCGUGUGCACAGCCAAUCCAGAAAUGUGAGCGAGAUAAGCUUCUCUGUAAAAUGCAAUGGUCACAGCGGUCUUAGCCUAACGAAAUUUCAGAAGAUUGACGACUAGAAGAACUUCUUGCAGCUACAGAAAAGCUAUCAACGAAUGAAUUACACGCUCUCUGUAUUUUGGAUUGGUAUUCAAAAAUAUAAAAACAAUCUGGAAAGCGUAAUAGUGCGAAAGAAUUUUAGUUCCUACAACGAACAUGACUGCAUGCAUGGAAAUUCACAAGCAGCUCUGAUCUCACACGUAAUAAGUAUUAUUGCUCAAGUAAGAGAUGACAAUAUUUAAAAUUUGGUUUACGCACGAUGUCUUUCCUCUUCCAGGACUGUCGUGGCAUUUGAAAAAUAGAUUAACCCUUUAACUCCCAAAAGUGAUUUACAUGGAACUUCUCCCUAUAAAGUUCAUACAUUAUCCUGCAAAAAGGUAUCGAGAAAACUCUAAUUUAUCAGGUAAAAGUUAUUAUCUUGAUCUAACCCUUAAAUCUCAUAACAGAAUUACAAGGAAAUGUAUAGCAACCAGAGGGGAAAAUGUCUUGGGAGCUAAAGGGUUAAGGUGGUGAACUUAGCUUUUUUCCUGGUGGUCCGAAAAGUUUCUUCUUUCUUGACCAUUUUCAAUAGAGCUGCCAGAAAUUAGAUCUCACAUCAGAAGGGAAAUUCAUCUCUUAUUCAUAGAAAUAUGCUAGUAAAUAGGAGAGCUUUCUAUGCAAAUACGCAAUUGUUAAUUACAUGAGGUGGAUAAAA